AGAAGCCUUGCUUGGAUGAUGUAGUGGUAUACAGGGACUGCGGGCGACAAAACCAAUGACGCUGCUUUUGAUGCUUCCCUUUUGCGGGGAGGAGAGAUGCUACCGCACCUCCAUGCAAAAAGCCUCGGCAAUCCUUCCCGAGACCUUUGAAGGUGUUUCGGUUCCUGGCUUCUUGAGUGUUUACUCCCACCAAGCUCACCAAACACAUAUACACCACCACCACCACCACUCCCAUCUAUCUCGACAAAAUGCGACCCCACCUCCGACCCCUCCGCUCCCUCCCACCCUUCAACCGCGCCCUAUCUACAACCAACCCAGCAACAAAAGCCCUCUCCCCUCGCUGGCUAGGAGAUAUAAAAGCACGACUAGGGAAAUGUAUGACUUUUGGCAUGAAAGAAGAACAAGUUACAAGAGCGGGUAAAGUGCUAGAGGUUAUAGCGAGGGAUUGGAGGGAUUUGGUUGCUGGGAGUGAAGGAUUUUUGACGCAGGAGGGGAGGAGGGGUUUCUUUAGGCAUGAGGUUGUUUGGGGGGAGAUGGAUAGUAUGGGUCACGUCAAUAAUGUCAUGUAUAAUCGCUAUGCGGAAUCUGCCCGUGUCAACUGGACGAGGAACUUUGCUACGGAUAUCGAUCCCAAGCAUGCGAAGCAAUGGACUGAAUUAAUGACACCAAAGAGUCUGGGAUUGAUCCUUAGGAGUAUUCGAACGGACUAUAAAUUUCCUAUGAAGUGGCCGGACCACAUAUCUGUAUACCAUAAACUGGCUUCUGAACCAACAGCGGAGACGGACUCAUUCGUCCUAGACGUCGUUAUUAUAUCUGAGCUGCAGCAACGUCCAGCAGCGCGGUGCUGGGAAGACAUCGUUGUGUACGACUAUCGGGCAGGAAAGAAAGCACCUCUGCUACCGUUUAUGGUAGACGCAUUCAAGCAGACGUGGAAACUGCAAGAGGAAGCAAAGAAAGUGAAUAGCGAGAAGGUAAGGGGUUUGCUAGAUGAGGUCAGAGCACUCGAGAAAGAGACUUGGGAUAGACCGGAUGCCGUAGAAGACAUGGGUGUUGCCGGGCAGUGAUCACAUCCUUCUCUGCCGUAGGAAACACGGGUGUUGCGUGGCAGCAAUAGCAUGUUCCGCUAUGCCUGGGUUUGAAGUGAUGGAUGAAUGACAACGUCCAAGGAGACUCAAUGAUUGGACGUGUAUAGAUGCAGGCAACAAGACUAGAGGUUGAAAACCGGGAUAUAUAGACGAGAUCCACAGGCCAGAUGCCGCCACAGAUUGCGGAGGUGGAUAGAAGACCGUGAGCUGGCCAUAUUGCACAUGCCCCGCAGUCUUGGUAGGUCAAGAUAGUUGUUGGCAAGUUGUAGAUAAUCCAGACGAACGAUAAAUCAGAUACACGAUCUACAGCACUGGACUCGCAUGAUCAAGGGGAUAAAGUACGAGGAACAAAGUCUGGUAAGUUUUGCUGAAGGAGAAAGAGCA